AUGUCACUUCCUCCCGAUUACAGUAUCGGCAAGAAAACAGAUACGGGAGAAUAUGACUCAGAUGACGAGGCUUCCCCCCAGCGCGGAACGUCGACACCAAUCAGUGGGCAGUUGGACAGGCUUCCAGAGGUCUCUAACAAUGUCGAUACCGACAACUCGCCAUCCGAUGAAGAACAAAGUACAGAUCAGUCGUUCAACACCAGCGGUGAUUCAUUAUCCCAUGCGGUUGAAGAUAAAGAAACUUUCGAGCCCCACGAAACGGACGCAACCAAAAUAAAAGCCUUCUUUCAUCUCAAGCUGGCGGAUGGUAGCGGCUAUUACAAACAAAGAGACAUAUUGCCUGAGCAACGCGAGUCAGCCGAAGACGAUGAGAACGAUGAACACGGUACUCUCUUCGUUCCUGAGCUAACAGCAUACAAGGUUCCUCAGAAGCUCAAAGCUGGAAACAAUGCUACAUAUUCCCCCUGGACUAAGGCCUCCACAUGGCGAUGGAAGCGAACUGCAGAUGACGAAACAGAGUUCUGGACUCCGAGGUUCGUCUUCCGUCGAUUUCAUGCACGCACCCAUAAGUACGAAGGGAUAUACGUCGGUGAGACGCGGAUCAAAAAUAUCGACCCCAAUAACAGGGCCUGGGUGUCCGCAUACAACAAGUGGAUCAGCCAGAUUAAACGCCGCUCAGACAGCAGCUGGGUGCACGAAAAAAGACGGGACCACUGGACCGUCCCCGAGAUUUGCGCCAUGUACAAUGGUAUCAACGAGUUUCUACACAUCAACGGCAUCGAUGCUUAUCACGGGAUGACGAACGUGAGCCUGCGGCCGAUACUCGAUGCGAUAAACGCGGCAGGGAACAAGAAUCGCGGUAUGGAUGCACUGCGCGGGCAGUUGAGUUCUGCGCAUGCGUUGAAAAACGCAAGCCUGGCUUACCUUCGAGAUAAUGUGCAGGAGCUCGUCAAGUAUCUGGAGGACGGAGGCAUACUGGAUGAUGGGGAAAGGUUUCCCGAGAAGUUUAUUCCAGAGGAUGAAUUUCCGACGGCUCCAAGGAGGAAUAUGCGGAAAAUUGAGAGUAAGAACAAGUCCUCGGGUCAUAAGGUGAAGUAUGUGGCAGGUAGUGUUGAGGUUGAUGUUCCCGGUAACGAUACACUGGGCGAUGGGACGUAG